AAAACCCCGUCCACAUUAAUAAAAACGACUAUUAGCAUUUUUGAGCCAAAUUCGUAGACGCCAUUUGUUUUUUCCAUGAAAAACCAAAAAUACGUUUUUCCGACUAUAAGUUUAACGCCAUCUUCCGUGCACAAAUACAUGUAACAGGUUAAAAACUUAUACCUAGGUACUCACGAAUUUAAUAAAAUUUCCGUCUAAAACGACCUUGGAGGAUAUUAAAGGCACGAAUCACUCAACUUUUUGAUUAACUGCCGCUGUAUUUUCAGACGCUUUUUCUUCAGCACUAAACACAGUCGAUAAAUAGGCUGCGAAAAAUGCGAACGUUUAGCGUGGACCAAACAAUCUCGCCCGGUACUGAACACGGACUAAUUGCAGAUCCGUACAGCGAUUGCGUUAAAAGCGCCAUCUCUUUGGACUUCGCAUAAUACGCUACUUAUGACGCAAUGAUAAAUUUACACUGUCGUGAUCUGUUCUGAAAGUGCAAUCUUUCUACGCCGACGGCAAUAUAAAGAAUUGGCUCCAGUGUAAUUUACGAGCAGCUGGUUCACAAUUUACGUUUUAUGAUUUGACUGGUCGUGCUUACGCGUUCUUUUGUGUUGGCAGUUGAGGAGCGCCAGACGGCGGUAUUUUUAAAAAGCAUAGAGUGAAGGCUGGAUAUUUCCAUUAAUUUUAAGAAUUAUUUUUAUUGUAUUUACGGAUUACAAAAAAUAAAAUAAAAUAAUUGAUAUACGCUUCCUUGUUUAAUAGAUAAUAAGAUUUUUAAAAAAUCUUGUAAAAAAAAAUAAAAAAAGAAUUUACCAUAAAUAAUUAUGAUCUGAUGAAGGUUUUAUAUCUGUUAUUUGUUUAUUACUAGCUAAUAGCAUUUAACGGGUGUUUUCUUAUCUUUUGAUAUUCUGUUCUUGACAAAAUAAAAGUAGAUUCGUUUCUCCUUAGAUUCAGAUUAGAUAGAAUAAAAUGCGUUCAAAAAUGAAACAUAACCUCAAUACGGUCCGACCAACGACAACACCAAUAAAAUAAAUUAAAUCAUGGAACGUACCUUGUAAUUGGGCGGCUCGUUGCGAUUUUGGGUCGCUAACCUAAUUAACAGAUCUCCUCAACAUAAAAUUAUUUGAAAUGGCGUUACCAGAGGUCCUAUCGAAACUUUUCAAACACAUCGACGAUAACAAGGCAAAUUGCAUCGACGCUCUAAAAGAGGCGGUGGCGAUCCAGUCGGUAUCGACGUGGCCCCAAAAACGUUCGGAGGUAGUGCGUAUGAUUCAUUUCAUAGCGGAAAGGCUAAAAAAAUUAGGAACCGCCGUAAAAUUGCGCGACAACGGUACCCAAACGUGGGCGGACGGUACCGAAUUGCCUUUGCCUCCCAUUUUACUUGGCGAAUUAGGAAAUGACCCCGAAAAGAAAACCGUGUUAGUUUACGGCCAUUUGGACGUGCAGCCCGCUUACAAGGAAGACGGCUGGGACACGGAGCCUUUCGUGUUGACGGAAAAGGACGGCAAAUUAUUCGGGAGAGGCAGUUCGGACGACAAAGGGCCGGUGUUGUGCUGGAUUCACGCCGUUGAAGGAUUCCGAGCCAUCGGCGACGACGUUCCCGUGAAUGUAAAGUUCGUGUUCGAAGGUAUGGAGGAGAGCGGGAGCGAGGGCUUGGACGAGCUCCUGUUCUCGGAGAAGGACAAGUUUUUAUCGAACGUCGACUAUGUAUGCGUAUCCGACAACUAUUGGCUGGGCAAGAACAAACCUUGCAUCACGUACGGCCUGCGCGGUAUUUGUUAUUUCUUUGUGGAAGUCGAGUGCGCCUCCAAAGAUUUGCAUAGCGGAGUGUACGGGGGCACCGUGCACGAGGCCAUGGCCGAUUUGGUGUUCCUAUUGGACUCUUUGGUUGAUAAAAACGGCAAAAUCUUAGUGCCCGGGCUGUACGAGGACGUCGCCCCACUUUCAGAAGGCGAGAGCGAGAUCUAUCGCAAAAUAGACUUCGACGUUAACGAUUACCGGUCGGAUAUAAAAUGUCACCGUUGGCGCUACCCUUCGUUAUCGCUGCACGGCGUGGAGGGCGCGUUCUCGGAGCCCGGUCAAAAAACUGUUAUUCCGCGCAAAGUGAUCGGCAAAUUUUCGAUACGGAUAGUGCCCGAUCAAACGCCAGAUCGGGUGGAAAAAUACGUCGUUCGGCAUUUGGCCGAACUGUGGCGACGGAGGGGCAGUCCGAACAAAAUGAGGGCUUUUAUGGCGGACGGGGGUCACCCUUGGACGGAAAACCCCUCCCACCCCCAUUACGGCGCCGCCAUUAACGCCACGAAGCACGUUUACGGAGUGGAGCCGGAUCUGACGCGUGAAGGGGGCUCCAUACCCGUAACCCUCACCCUACAGCAGGCGACGGGGCGGAACGUGCUUCUUCUGCCGGUCGGGGCGGGAGACGACGGCGCCCAUUCGCAAAACGAAAAGCUGGACGUCAGGAAUUACGUCGGAGGGACCAAAUUGCUCGGGGCCUAUCUCUACGAGGUGGCGCGGCUUUAGCGACGCCUGCUGCGCGAUACGACGAAGCAUUAAACGAUGUUAACGCAGAUAACGGUUGUUUUUAUUUGACCCACCACAGUAUAACGCUGCUCGCUCACGUACUCACUUAAAAUUGGUA